AUGAUUCCUAGCACAAGUAUAGAAACAUUACCUAAUGAAAUUCUUCAUUGUAUUCUUUCUUAUCUUGAAUGGUUUGAUAUGUUAACGUCUUUUUGGUCAUUAAAUAUUCGUUUCAAUUCUCUUGUGCGUUCAAUAAUUUCUAUAAAUGAUAAUCGAUUCAACACUGGCCUUCGAAUUACGUCAGAUUUAUCUUAUAAUAAAUGUUCGACUUUAUUUUUAUUAAUUUUGAAAUCAUCAUCUCUUUCUUCUUCUAUUCAACGUAUUCAUUUUGAUGAAACAAAUUCAAUUGCUUCUGAUCUUAUUUAUGAAUGGUUAUUUAAUCAUAAUAAUAUUCUUAAUUUUCCAAAUCUUAAAUCUCUUAUUCUUAUUCGAUGUGGAUCAAUUGAACCAGUAGUUCGAAGUUUAUUUUAUCUUAUUGAACAUCAAUUAGAUGAACUUACAUUAACAUUUGAUGACACAAUGUUCAGAGACGGAUAUAUCAAAAUAAGUGAAAAUUCAUCAAAGGUCUUCAAUCAAAAAAAACGAAUGCGUAUGAUCAAACAACUUAUUUGUCAACUAUUUUCAUCUCAAUGUCAUUUAACAUCUCUUCGAAUUGAUUUAAACUAUUAUCUUUUUGAUGUUGAUAUUGAUGAAUGUUCAACAUCAAACUCUUAUGUCUCAUCGAAUUCUGUUGACUAUCAACGUCAAUCUUUUUGUUUAACUCUUCGUCGUUUAUAUAUUCGAAUUGAAAAUUCAUGGUUUCUUGAAAAUCUUAUUGAACAUAUACCUAAUCUCGAACAAAUGUCAGUGCAAUUUCAUACUACAUUAAAAUUCGAUUUAUCAUGGAGAUCGAAUGUUGAAAUAAUGAAACAAUCAAAUGGAAAUUGGUUUAACAAAAAUCAAAAUGGUUCGGAAUAUUGGAUAUGUGUUAAAUGCCAAACAACAGCUACAAGUUACUUAGAUUUAUCAGUAAUUGUUCGUGAAGAUCAUACACAUCUACCUGACGAAACUGAUAAAGAAGUAUUAGAAAUGCGACAAAAUCUAAAACGAAAAGCUAUCGAAGAAUCUAGUCCUAUUGAUCGUAUAAUUGAAGAAGCAUCAUCUAUUUCAAGAUUACGAGAUAAUAUGGGAGCUCCAACUCCAAAGCGUCGAAAAAAUAAAUUAUCAAAACUAAGAUAUUUUAGUUUAAAAACUUUUAUUUAUGAUGAUUGGCAAUUUAUUUAUUUGAAAUGGCUUCUCAAUAAUUUAAAUUAUGUUGAAAAACUUCAACUUCAUCUUAAAAAUGAUCAACUCGAUGAAAGAAAAUCUCAAGAGAUAUGGAAAUCAUUGAUUGAUGCAAAUUUCAUUCGUCAAAAUUGUUUACCUGAUAGAAUAAAAAAUUUAAAUAAUUUCGAUUUCUAUAUUUGUUCACAACGUCAAUUAUCAUUCAAUGAUAUAGAAAAAAUAACAAAUUCAUUUAAAAAUCAUUCUUUUUUUCUUAAUCAUCAAUGGACAAAUGUUAAAUGUUUUUUUGAUCCAAUAAUGUUAUCUCAACAUAUUUUCUCUUCUUUUACAAAUACAUUUCAAUUUUCUCAUAAUUUUAUUAAAUAUUCAAAUAUUUUCAAUUGGCCACAUAUUGGCGAUGUCUGGUUUGAUUUACAUCCAUCACUUUAUUUAAUUCUUCAAGGAAUUAAUCAAUUAACUCCUAAUCUUUCUUGUAUCAAAGUAUACACAACUAAUUCCACUACAUCAAUAGAUCGAGAUCAGAUACGUGAAAAAGUACUUGCUCAUCUUAUUUCAAUGACUGUACAACUCAAAUAUCUUUUUGUUGAACGAUUCGAAUGGCUUUUACAUGUUGUUGAAUACUUAUGUAUACUUUUUGUUGAAUUUAUUUUCCAUGAUUUAAUUAAACAUCAAUUAUCAAGAGAUAAUUAUUAUCAUGUUAAAUCACAUAGUUAA